UCCCCAACCCCCUCCCGAUAUUUUCAGAAUCUGAUUGCUUCAGACCCCUGCCCAAACUGCCCGGCAAGAUUACGGGCAGCAUUCUCAGUAACACUGACAUCCAAACACACCCUUACCACUAUGGCACCUUCAUCAUCAUCUCAUUCCUUCUCACAGCUGCUGCUUCUCGAUCAUCUCUUUUUUACCCUUUGAUUUUUUAUAUCUAUAGCUUCACCAAUACAUACGUCCAUCUCUCGCCCUCUGAUUUCUCUCUCUGCUUCAUCCGACGGUCCACAAUGAACGCCGCCUCUCUUCUCUGUUUCCCCUGGCUUUAGCUCUCCAAUCUCUCAGAUCUGCUGCAUCCAACCUCAGAUCUACUCUUCUGGUUUAAUUUUUUGCACUGUAGCGUACGGAAGAAAUGGAAACAUUAGCUAGUAGUUUUGACGAAACGAUGACGUUUAACGUCGUUAAUGGGGGUGUGCUAACGUCCGCCGGGGAAGCAGUGGUUUUAUUAGCUGCAGCUCUUGUCUCGGCUUUGGUCAAAACCUCCCUCGUCGUUCUCACGCAGGAGUACCUCGAUCUGCUAAGAAACAAGCCCAAAAUGAGAGGAGACACUGAAACCUACUACUGCCCAUGCAAGCAACUGGAUGCAGAGGGGGGCGAUGGUGAGGAUGACGACGAUGAUGAUGAGGAUGACGGUGAAGGUGAGGAGGACUUGUCGUCUGAAGAUGGGGAUGAUUUUGGCAGCAACCCCAACAAUAACAAGAGCAAUCCUAAGAAGGGUCCAGGUGCAGGAGGAGGAUCAGGUGGGGCAGAAGAGAAUGGUGAGGAUGAUGAUGAUGAUGACGACGAUGAUGGCGAAGAUGACCAAGAUGAAGACGACGAUGAUGACGACGACGACGACGGUGAUGAAGAAGAAGAUGGUGGUGAAGAAGGUGAAGAGGAAGUUGUCGAGGAAGAGGACGAGGAAGAGGAAGACGAUGAAGAGGAAGAAGCUCUGCAACCCCCAAAGAAGAGAAAGAAGUGAAUCUGAAAGAAAGAAUAAUCCAUUCUCCUUGUAUCCAUAUGUGACUUAUUUGCCAACUCCUCGGCUCAUACUGGGAGGGACCAGGUCUAUCUAGGAUAAAUGUUAUCUUGCAAUUAAAUUUCCAUAGAACGGUUAGAGUACUUUGUAUAACUGCAACUGUGGCAAAUUUGAAGAGAAUGCAUAAAUUUGGCAGUUUAACAGUCGGCCGAUUUAAAAGAAACAA